UCUCUCUCUCUCUCUCUCUCUCUCUCUACCAAUUUCUCUCUCUACCCCCCACCCUACAUCUAUAAAAUUGUAAGAGAGAAAAGUAAGAAAUUGGAAGGGAGCUGGCUCAUGAAAAUUUCAUGUUCUGUUUCUUGUAUAAGUAUACCUCUCCUCUGCUAAUUAGCUAAUGACCCAAAACAUCUCUCUCUCUCUCUCUCUCUCUCUCUCUCUCAUUCAGAAGAAGCACACACAGACAGUCUGUUUCCUUUUUGGGUAUUUUUUGAGGCUUCUAUUUUGUUUUGUUUCAUAAAUCUUAUGUCUUUAUAAUUAAUUUUCCCACAUCGUUUCAUCCCAUCCCAUUAAACAAUGAAAAUGGCAUAUUACCAUUCAUCCUUUCCCCUCUAUAGGAAACACCCAUCAUUGCUCCCAACAAUCGUUUUCAACCUUAGAAACCUGAGCUGCUUCUUCUUCUCCUCCUAAAGAUAUUCCCUCCUCAUAAUCCCAUUCCUCUCUCUCUCCUCUCUCUCUCUCAUCCGUUUAAAUAGCACCCUCUUUUUUUUUAAUCCCACACAAAAUAUUUCAAGCUUUCUACACAAGCAAAACAAAAGAUAUUUGAAAAGAAAUUGAAAAGGAGAGGAAGAUUAAAAAUGGAUCCUUCGUCCACCAACUCUGUCAAUGGCUUCUAUUCGUUUCUGACUCGAGGGAUCGACGAUCUCGAAAGGGUCUAUCUUUCGAACAACUUCAUGUCAAUCCAAUUCCUCCAAAGGGCUCUUUCCCUUAUUCGAUCUUUCCACUCCCAGCUGACCCUUCUCGUCCAGAAGCUCCACUUGCCCGUCGGGGACAAGUGGCUCGACGAGUACAUGGACGAAAGCUCCAAGCUUUGGGAAGCCUGCCAUGUCCUUAAGUCCGCCGUCUCCGCUAUGGAGAAUUACUACACUUCCGGCCUCAACAUCACCUCCACCCUCGACUCCCACCGCCAUCUCACUCCCCAGCUCUCUCGCCAGGUGGUGCGCGCGAUUUCUGGGUGUCGGCGAGAGGCGUUCGGAUUGGAGGAGGAGAACAGGGGGCUGAUGGAAACGAGAAUCCAGCCGCUGUCGCUCAAAUUCGACGAAAGGGUCUCCAUCGAAUCGAAGCUCAAUGGGUUCAAUGGGUUCAGGGGAGUCCUGUACGCAAUGAGGAACGUGAGCUCGCUGCUACUCAUGAUCUUGCUGUACGGACUGGUGUUCUGCUUGCCGGAGGAGGAGUCGAGCUUCUGCAGGGGAGGGUACAACGAGGGGUGCAUGAUCUUCGGAUCAUCGUUCAUGAUAUCGACGGCGAGGCUGCAGCAGAGGGUGGCGGCGGAGAUCGGGCAGAUCAGAGAGAGGCCGGGGGUUCUGAUGUGGGAGUUCAGGAGGUCGAAGGGGGCGAUGGAGGAGCUGAGGGGGGAGCUGGAGAGGGGGGGCCCACAGGGGGUGGUGGAGUGGGAGGUUGACGGCGGCGGGAUUAGGGAGGGAGUGGACAACUUGAAAGCGUGUUUUGGGGUGCUGAGAUCUGGUGCGGAGAAUAUUGCGAGCCAACUUGAUGAUUUCAUUGAUGAAAUUGUUGAGGGGAGGAAGAAGCUUUUGGACUUUUGCAGUCAUAGGUGAAAAAUAAAAAAGUAAAACAAUAUUACAGAGUAGAGAGAGAGGUAAUUAGUUAUUGGGUUUUAUUUGUACCUUUUUAACCCUUCUUCUUACUUCUGUUUGUAUUUUUUAUUACCACCUUUCUUUUCUCUCGCGCAUUCUCCA